CUUGUCAUCUUCUGACAAACUCAAAAGCUGCGAGACCUUUCAUCUUCCUCGAUUUUCCCUCCUCAUUCACCAUCUCUCACAUCAUUUCUCCAUCCGGGAGAGGGGGGGAAAGCGGGGGAGGAAGAAGAAGAAAGAGAGAAAUCAUGGAGGUUGAUGGGUCGGAGUUCUCAAGCUUUGUGGCAAGUCAAGAAGUCGAAGAUCACAAGAGGGUCUCUGUCAUACUCAGGGAAGUCGUGGCCAGGCUUGAAGAAGACUGCAGAAAUCUCAGAAAAAAAGAGCAAAGUGAUCGGGAAACCAUAAAGCGUUUGUUGGAAGAAAUGGAGAAGAAAGAAAGAAAUUUCAGAGAGAAGCUCUUGGAGAUUGAAUGCAAGAAGAAGAAAGUGGAGAAUGCGGUUCUCGAGUGGAAGAACGAGUAUGCUGAGCUCGAAGCUCGGGUAUCGAAGAAGCAUGCAGGUGAGGAUGUUGCAGAGUUUGAGAGGAAAGAGGUGGAGCUCAAAGAGAAGUUAGCGAAGCUUGCAGAUGAUAACAAGGAUGUCGAGGCUCGGGCAGUGAGGGUUUCUGAUGAAAACUGCACUCUCGAGGGAAAAGUGAAUUCUCAUCACAAGGAGAAAGAGAAGAAGCUUACAGCUGAGGUUGAUGAUGGGGAAGAUGAGAUUCCUCUUAGCAAAUUAUACAGAAAGAAGAGACUUGCAGAGGUGUAUGAGGAUGAUAGGAAGGAUUCCCACUGUUUAAAGGAAUGUUCCGCUUCUCCGAAACUGAUUGAACUUGGAUGCAAAGGAGCACAAGGAAUCAAAACAACCAAACCAGUAGAGGAAAUUAACAGAGGGCCAAGUUUAAGGAAAAAGUUAAACAAAUCUGAUUUGAGCUGCUCUUUAACAGCAAGAAAACGAAGUUCUAUUGGUUACAUUGGGGUUGCCGAGAAAGGAGUUCCAAGUUACAACAGAAGGAACUCUAUGAACCAAACUCAUCGAGUAUAUACUGGCAGAACUCCAUCUUCUGAACAACGUGAACAUGCAGAAAAGAGAGCACAAAAAUUGCAAAAAAAUUGGAGGUCUUGCAACCCCACAUUCAUUAAAACUAUGGGAUUGUCACAUGUCUCCGGUAGCUUUUGGCUUAAUAUUCCUGUAAAAUUCUGCAAGGAGAACCUCCCUGCUUAUGAUCAGCAAAUGAUAUUACAAGAUGAGGAGGGUUUGGAGUAUAAGGUCAACUAUAUUAGUCAUAGCACUGGUUUUAGUGGUGGGUGGUUAAAUUUUGCGAGAGCGCAUAAAUUGGAACUUGGUGAUGCAUUACUAUUUGAAUUACACGGGCCAGCAAUGUUUAAGGUAUGAUUGUGUUCUGCAUAUGCCUGUUUUCUGUACUUCAUAUGGAUUAUUUGUGCUUACCCUUGAUAUUCAUGAAAGGUUUGAAUUUUAGUCCUCUGUCGUUUAGAUAGUGUUACGAUACAGU